AUGAUACCAGCGACUGGCUCCGAGGCUGGGACUGCAUGUACCUUUCAGGUACAAGUCCAGAUCAACCAGUCUUUUGUGGCAAAGACUCUCGCUGACCUCCAUCAAUGGUCCUGGUAUGAAUGGGAUGAUUCUCUCCUUUUUGUCUUUAUUGUCAAAUUUUCCACCUUCUUUAGGCCAAGUACUCAAAACAUUUUGGUGGAAAUUGAAGAAAUCCUCGUAGUAGCGGCACAAACUUCUGGUGAUUCCAUUGUUAAACAGCACUCUAACCAAAUACCAGUACUUGCCAUUUGUGCAGGAGAAUGA